UGCCCGCGCCGCCCCGCCCCGCCUCGCCCGCCCGCAGUCGGGGCAGCGCGGCGGGAGGCGGCCAUGUGGGUGUUCGGUUACGGCUCCCUCAUCUGGAAAGUGGAUUUCCCCUACCAGGAGAAGAUGGUGGGGCGCAUCUGCGGCUACAGCCGGCGGUUUUGGCAGGGCAGCACCGACCACCGCGGCGUGCCGGGCAAGCCUGGAAGAGUUGUGACUCUGGUUGAAGACCCUGAGGGGUGUGUAUGGGGUGUUGCUUACAGAUUGCCGGCUGGACAAGAAUGCGAAGUCAAGGCGUACCUGGACUUCAGAGAGAAGGGAGGCUACAGGACUACAACCGUUGUUUUCUACCCAAAGGACUCGUCAGUAAAACCCUUUGAUGUACUGCUGUACAUCGGAACUCGCGACAACCCUAACUACCUCGGUCCUGCGCCUCUGGAGGAGAUCGCCGAGCAGAUUAUUGACGCAGUUGGCCCCAGCGGAAGGAACACGGAAUACCUGUUUGAACUCGCUAAUUCUAUGAGAAAUCUUGUACCAGAAGAUGUAGAUGAGCAUCUCUUCUCCUUAGAGAAACUAGUAAAGGAACUCUUGGAAAAGGAACAAAACCUAAACUGCCUAUAAAAUAACUUCUUCCAAUGGUAUUGCUUCAUCUUCAGAGGAAUGGUUUCGUUGCACAAUGGGUAUAUGCCUUGGAGGCAUAUUUCUCUGUACUACGCUAUCUUAUUUAUUUUAAUAUUGCAUUCAAAAGAGUAGUUAGUUAUUAAAACGUACUGUUUUAAGAAACGUUCUUUUGGGAAUCUAUAGAAAGGGCAGCAGGGGAAGUGUUUUAGGUUUGAAUUUGGUAUAUUGGUAUGUUACCCAAGGAUUACAUCUUUCUUUAUAAAAGUCACGAGAGAACCACUUAAGCCUCUCUGUUACUUCAGGUUUAAAAAAAAAUCUUCAGAAUAUUUUUUAAGAUCAAAAUCUGCAUUCACACACAACUCCCGAGUCAUUUAAGCGAUGGUUCUUUCCAAUUCAAGACCACCAGCACGGAGCUCAGUGCAGCAAAAGAGAUGGACGUUAAGUGCUUCUUGUAAAUCGCAUAGUAAAUGCGUGGCAGAACACUUCCAUCAGUGUUGAACUUCAUGGAAAUGAAGUUAUUCCGCUGCGUCAGUGACCUCAUCCCAUAUAUCCUAGUCUGUCCUUAGGCACAGAGGAUGAAGUGUUUCAGUGGUAGGAAAAUAGUCUUUGCCCUUGGCUCAUUACGUCAAGCCACAGCACAGGGUACUCUGACAGAAACAAGCCAUACUGUAUCAGUGCCUUAUUUUAUUUUCCAAGAUUAAUAUCAAGAAUAAAUCUAAAAUACUGAAAUUAGCUUAGAGCAUGACUUGAAGCCACGGCGCAACAAGAAUGUUCAGAAACUCAGCUCUGAUAUCUGCCUUUAGAUGUUGUUGCAAUUCCGUGUCUUAAAAAUUCACCGGUCUCUGAGGAUAUGCUUUAAGUCAGCAGUUUUCAGAGACUGGAAACAAAAGCUCAUUAAGAAAGGAAGCCCCUUUUCAGUCAGCUGACAUGCGUUGUAUGGGCUGCCAGUCAACAAAGGUUGGAAAGCCACCAGCUGAGGCCAGUAGCCUUACUUUAUGCAAGACAGAGGUGAAUGGAGUUUCCGUCCCGACAACGACUUGUCUCGCUUCUCAGAAUUUUAAGUUAUUCUUGUAACUUUUAUCAAAACGUAUUUUUGUAUGUGAAUACAGGAAAGGUCCUGUUUCAAAUACCAUGUAGCAUCAGGUUUUCUCAUACAGGGAAUGUAUAUGUUUAGUAGUAGCAGUUCAGAAGUCUAUAUCUUGCAUCAGUACUUGCAAAAAUGUCUGUUUCUACUAUACGAGUUGUGCAUUUUCUUUCUUUGCACUGUCCUGUUUUGUGUUUGUAAUUCCUCAAAAGUGCUAAGGUUAUCAGAAUAGCAAGCUGCUGUUGUUUUUCUUGGCCACCUACGAAAGCCAAAAAGAACAUCAGUGAAUGUGAAUAGGAAGCAUUUGAAAAAGGCACCUAGAUGAGUAGACUGUAGGAUAUUAAAUUUCCAACCUAAAUUCUACAUAAUUAGAGCAUUUGAAAUAUGAAGCCGAGAAAGCUGUAUUUUUUAAAUACCAGAUUACAAAUUCCGUGUGCUUCUGGCAUCUCUCACACAUACACUCAUUGAGGGGAAAAAAAAAAGCAUAUCACUUUUUAGAAUCUACUGUUUAACGGUUCAAUGCCACUAUUUCCAAAGUAUGUAAUAGGGUCUCACUUGAUGGACGACUCUAACCUCCAGAAGCAAAUCCUCUGAUCCUAUCAGCAAAAGGAUCGUACGUGCCGAGGCCCCAUUCUUCAUUUAGUACAUGAGUUACUUGCAAACUCCUUUGGGUGUCGUGAUUCUCCACUGCGCUGUGCUGGUUUAGGAUUGAUACAACCGAGUGGAAAAGCAACCCUGACUAAUUCACCUGUGCAGCAGGACAGAAGGGUGAUCCGGACAGCCGGCUGUCUGUAACGGCAGUCAUUGCCACACAAUGCAAUUAAACAAAUGUCUGCGUCACUUUGUGCACCAAAGACUGACAGUGACAGCCACCACCCACAUCAGCACUGAUGAACACAUGCCAUUUAUGCAUGCAUUUAUUCCCUUUGACUUAAAGAGUAAGUCUUAAGUGUUAGGGGAUACUCAGCUGUUACUAAAAAUGUUAGGUAUGAUUUAUUUCAUGAAUACGUAAGUGUUCCUCAGCAAAACAAAUCCCUCUUCUUUUCUUGUGCUUGCCUCGGACACAAACAAGCCGUAGUAAAGUUAAACCAUGUAGAAUGGCACGUCCACUUUAUUCAUUUUUUAAUUCUUUCCUCCAAAGCUUAUCUGUGUUCCUCAAAACAGGGCAAGGGAUGCACGCACUCACUAAUGAUCCAAAAACAUCAGCGAUGAUUCUCUCUUGAGAACUAUAUUUAAGUACUGUGUUGGGGCAUUGUGGUUAUGUAUGGCUCUACACUCUGUAUCUUAAAUUAUAUUCAGGACAUUGUUGGUUCAUUUGCUUUCCAGAUUCAUAAAAUUUGCAAUAAUAUCUGUAAUGAUACAUUCCAGUUUGUACAUACAACUUCAAUACAAUAAAAUGCAGCGCAUUUAU